CACACGCUCGAGGGGAACGCUGCGGCGGAAUUUAACAUUUCAAAAUGCUUCCAGCAAACGUAAUGUCGUUCAUGAAGAAGAUGGUUGCCACCGAUGAGGCAUCACAUCAGCAACCAUCGAUGGAAAACACGGGAGCGUUCGGGAAGCUAAAGCAAACCCUUUCCACAUCACUGCUGACGGCACAGGACAGAGUGAACAAAAUGUCCCCACGCCCAUCACUUGUUCCGGACGCGACCGAGACAGCACCACAGCAGGACGAUCCGUACAAGGAUGCGGCAACCAUCGAGAAGACGCCAAGCGAGGGCAACAAGUUCAACACACGUUCCGGUUCGUGCCGGAUAUGUCUGAAAUCGUUUAAACCGAACGACUUCAAAAAGACGUGCGUCGAGUGUGAUCAGAAGGUUUGCGAAGACUGUGCCAGCUACAGCAAACUACAAGACUCAGAAGACUUGGAUCUCUGGCGAUGUAGUGUUUGUCGACGAAAGAUGGCGUCCCGUAUUUGCAUACCGCAAGAAUCCACCGACUCCGCGCUGGAAGUGCCGGUCAUGGAGACGCUUCAGCGACGCCAUUCGGACAUCAAGCUAGGCUUUGGCCAGCAUCUGGACGAUGGGAAAGGUUCGGCGUUGGCACCUCCGCGCAGUCCCGAGCUUCGUCGCCAUUCGGACGUUUCGCCGGCCUCGCUGAAGGAGCUGGAAAAGUUGAAAGGUGUACAGAACCCAAAGAACGAUAUGGACUGGCGCAAGGGACACAGUGCCGCACCGAGCCGAUCCUCAAGCCCACCGGGCGGUCGGAAGGAGAUGGAGCUGGGAACGCCGCGCGUUUUCUCCCGCCGGCCCUCGACCAAGAUGUCGCGCCAGCGAAGUUACGACGAUGAGUUUAAAACGAUGAGCUCGGACACGAAUUUGGCCGAGGCGGGUCUCAAUCUACCGCCACCGAUGCCGCGGCGGAAAUCGGCGUACGACGUGUAUGCACCGGGCGUGCUGGUGAACGCGAUGCAAUCGGUCAAGCUGGCACCGGACGAUUCGGAGAAGAUAAGCACGUCGCGCCGCUCGUCGAUGAAAAUGAUGUCGGACGGGGGUGAGUUCGGUGGGGAUGAUCAUACGGUGGCGGAUAUGAAAGCGGCCGGACUGAUCGUUGACGAUGAUCGGCGACACAAGCGGCGUGGAUCACAGCUACCCGAUAUUCCGGCACUGAAAGACAAAACUGCCCAGAACUCUGCGAACAUAUCAGUCUACCAGUGUCCGGCGUUGGAGGAUUUGGAAGCUCCCAAGCGGCAGACCUCGUUGGAUGGGGAAGGUAUAAAGAUCGUGAUACACGAUGCUGACGCUGGACCACUGUGUGCCGCCAAACGGAGCGUCCUGUUGCGAAGAGAUCCCUCGGAUAAAGCGCACAGAACACGAGGAUUUGGAAUGCGUGUAGUCGGUGGUAAAACUGGUGCCGAUGGACGACUUUUCGCGUACAUUGUGUGGACCGUACCGGGUGGACCAGCCGAGAAAGGAGGUCUCCAACAGGGCGAUAAGAUUCUGGAAUGGUGCGGUACCUCGCUGACAGAUCGUAGCUUCGAAGAGGUGUGCGCCAUUAUGGACCGCACUGGGGAAACGGCCGAACUGCUAGUCGAGCACGCGACCGACUUUAAGAUGUGCGAGCUGUUGGACGAGGGCGGCAUGGGCAUGAACGUUGGUGCGUCUUAUGGGAGCAGUAAUUCGACACGAGCUUUACCGGACACUAAUGUGCAUACGCUAGCAUCAGAAAGUGAAUCAACAGUGGAUAAAUCGCCCUCUUCGCCAACCAGACGCAAAUUGCCUAAAACACCGGAACAGAUAGCAAAGGGCAAGUUAGUGUCCGGUAGGGUUCAGGUGCAUGUUUACUAUCACGGCGAGCGAAACGAACUUGUCGUUUCGGUGAUGGCUGCCGAUGACCUGCCGGAGCGCGAUGAAACGCUGGGCUAUGGCAUGUAUCCGGAAGCCUAUGCGUCGAUCAAGUUGCUACCCAAAACGAACGAAUCGCAUGUCGCCCAGACCGAAGUGUCCACUCCCUCUCUGAAUCCGAUUUGGAACGCGACCAUUACCUUCCCGGACGUGUUCAGUGACAAUCUGUUAGACCGUAAGAUCGAGAUCGUACUGUACGAUCUGUUGCCCCACUCGGAACCCAUCUUUCUUGGCGAAUGUUCGGUGAAGCUACAGAAAGCCUGCCUCGAUGAUGUAGCCGUCUGGUAUCGGUUGGAAGAUCCGAACCAUCUGCGAGGUUCCGGACCACCGCCGGUCACUUCCCGCCUGCGGCGCCGUUCAACGACAACUUCCCAGAGCUCGAUCGACGAAAGUUCGGUCGGCUCGUUCGGCCGGUACGGUAGCAUCGAAGGAUCACGCUUCCAGCGCUCCAUCUCGGACGAUGUCGACAGUCUGGACGAGAGCCGCUAUCUGCUCCACCCGAACUGGUCCGUAUCGGCGAGUCGACGCGGUUCGACACAGUCCGAAAUACAGAUGCAAACGCUCGAGGUGCAUCAGCUCGGUAAGGAUUACUCGAAAUCGUUGCCCGGCUCGCGACGCUCGUCCUUUCAGGACUCGAAGGAUCAGUUGACUGUGGGGCCGGCACACUAUACGCGCCGCUACUCGACGGGCCGCACCGGGACGGCGGGAGGAACGAGCGGGCGGGAUGAAACGCCCGCAAGGAAGCUUUCGUUUGGUGGAACGAUCGGAGGGAUCGGCAGUGGUGGUGGUGGUGCUGGAGGAUCGCGGACCGAAUUUAUGCGCACCAUGAGCCUUUCGCGGGAGCUCGAUAUGAAGAAUCGCAAAAAGAAGCGACUCUUUUCCUAAGGAACACUGCAAUACAAUGCAACGAAACUACUAGCACGAAUAAGGCGAACGAA